AUGAGCGGAAUAAGGAAAGUGGCAAAUGUGGGAAUUGCGAUUUCGCGCAUGGGCAGAGGAGCAAAAGACGACGACGAACGAAAAGAGGACUACGAUGGCAAUCUUGAAGGCGAUCAGUUCAGGUCUGACCAAAGAGGCCUCCACAUCAACAGGAAAAACAAGUCAAAAACCGAGGAUUCAGGGAGGCCCCCGGACUUAAUGAGUCCUCAUAUUCCCACGUCUCAACAUCCGGAAAGAUUCCAGAGUGUCCCGCCUGUCCUUGGAACGCAGGCUCCUAGUCAGGGGUCUUCAAUGGGUCCGCCUCCAUGGUCACCCAUGCCAUCACAAGACAGCAAUUCGAUGAACAGCCAAACCUAUUGCGGCAGUGUAUACCCCACGAGGCCAGUUCCAGGCCCAAUGCGACAAAACUCAGCGCCGGUGCAGGGGUCUGGCCAGCAAGUUGGAAGCGGUUGGGCCCCAGAACCAGCUGGAUACUAUGACGAGCCAGCCACAUACUCGAAUCGGCCUGUUUCGUACCCCGACAGCCAGUAUGCACAGCAAAAUCCACACAGUAUGAACGUGGACCCAUAUCAGGCACACCAACCUGCAGGGGUCGGAAACUACACGGUCGCACCCGGACAUGGUGGCUACAGCGAGGCGACAUAUCAAACCAGAACCUGCAUCCAUGGCAUAGCCUUCGGCAAAUGCGCAUCGUGCAGCUACGGACAGCCCUGGUGGCCUAGUGGCUGA